GUAGCGCUGCUAGCGUAAAAAACUUACGCCCUUUGUUGCGCCAUUGUGAUAUAAGAAUAUUAUUGUCAAAUUUAUAAUCGUGAGAAAAAUAAAACGUGAAUACAGUGCAACGGCUGACAAUCACGCUGGUAUAUAACCCUGUCUACUACUGGGUUAGCAUUGCAUAAAAAAUUACCACGGAACUUUCGAGGGCUAGUAAACAUUGAAGUAACCUAGAAAUAAAUACUUCGGUCUGACCUUCGGGCCAAUAACAUUUAGUAAACAAGGUAAUACGCAGACCAAUGGAAUCGAAUAAAAUGCAAGCUGUCUAGCUGAUUUCGUCAAUUUUUCACACCGAAAAUAUCUGGAGAAUCACUGACUCUCGUACGAUGUCGGGAAAAGGUAAGCAAAGUUCGAAAAAGGCUCUGAUUAAGGUUCGCGAAGGUGGUAAAUCCGGACAUCCAUCUCUGAAUUCCGACACGAGUUCAGAAAGUACAGAAACAGCAGUUUCUCUCCCUGUUCUCAAAACAGUUGACAAUGGCAAACAUUUGCCAAGGUAUUGCAGUAUUUUGCAACGUUCGACGGAGGAAGGUGUUGGUAUGGAGGACCUGGAUACUCUACAGUUAGAACUGGAGACUUUAUUGUCAUCCGUGGUAGUGCGAUGUCGCCUGCUUCAGGAUGAAAUAACGAAUCUGUCCUCAGCAGAAGAGCGUAGGGAUAAAAAGUCAAAAAGUGUAAAGGGCUUGUCAGUGCUAGACAAGAAAAUCCGUGAUGAUAAAUCUAAGCUGAAAGACCUCAGCUCCAAGGCACAGUCUCCAUUGCCUGCUAAACUCUUCAAGCAAAAACCAUCUACCGGAUUAGCAUCACAGAUCAUUUCCAAUCCUCAUGAGAUUAAUAGAAUUGAAGGAAACCAAUCUGACCUUCCAAAGCUUCUUUUACCCAAGAAUGACACUCCAAACAAAUUUUGGGCUUCAGUUGAUCCGUAUUGUACAGACAUUAUGCCCGAAGAUCUGAAACUUUUGGAAGAACUCAUUGCAACACACAGCGAUAACACCGAAUUCAAGAAGAUUCCACCUCUAGGACGUCACUACAGCUUGCUCUGGGCCCAUAACGAUUUAUUACAAGAAGAAGAUGCGGCCAAUCCAAGCAGGGAGAAAAAGAAAAAUAGAUCUGACAUGUCUUUGCUGGUUUCUAAAGCAGAUAAAAAAGGAAACAGUAUUGCAGGGCCAUUGACUCAAAGGCUGGUCUCAGCUUUGUUGGAAGAAAAUGUCUACGUUGCAAAUAAUAACAUGGAUAACAAGUUGUUCAGAGAUGGGGAUCCUCCUGUGCUUAGGGAUUUGUCUAUUCAAAAUUCUAUGAACCUGGAACUAAGGAUGCACAAAGAACUGGUGGAACAAGGUAUCCUGGAGGCAGAUGCACCCAAGAAAAACCACGAUGAUGAGAUUCUUGCAGAGAUAAAACGCUGCCAGCAGGAGCUGUCUGCACUGUCCCAUCAUAAUGUAUCGCAAUUGAAACGUCUGUUGCACUUAGCAGAAGAAGAAAGUAAAAGGCAGGCUUUGAAACGCAAAAUAAGCGUUGCCGAUAGCGAUGUGGUUGAACAUUAUAAGAAACUCAUUCUGGCUAAGCAGAGGAAAGUUUGUCUAACUAAAAAAGAACAAGACAAAGCUUGGAGCUGUUUAAGAGAAAGAGAAAAUUUAUUAGAGCAGCUGAAUAUGUUAUCGUCCACUGGAGAAUCUGGAAUUAAAGCUAGAAACACUACAGCAUAAUUCAAAAAGUAAUCGAGAGGACACUGUGAAUAAAUGUAAUAUACAACUAUCCUUACCAGUCUCAUUUGGAUUCGUGUAUGUAUGUAUCAUGUUUUACUCAUGCUGAACUAUUAUACAGUAAUAAUUUAUCAUAGAUCCAACAUAGAUCCCAUGCAAAUAAAAGAUAAUAAUAAUUACUUUA